ACUAUUCCUAUGCAAUCUCUCCAUUCCUUUCUAAACCAUUGCUGUUUAUCAUUUCACAAUUUGCACAACUCUUUUCAAUCUUGAAGGUUCUAAUUAUGGCAAUGGAAAAGAAUUUGCAGCAAGUCACAAAAACAUCAAGAUUCAACAGAAUCUGUGUUUUCUGUGGAAGCAGCCCUGGCAAGAAACCUAUCUACCAGCUUGCAGCAGUUCAGCUUGGAAAAGAACUGGUUGAGAGAAACAUAGACUUGGUGUAUGGAGGUGGAAGCAUAGGAUUGAUGGGCUUGAUUUCAGAAGCUGUGUAUAAUGGUGGCCGCCACGUGUUGGGGGUAAUUCCCAAAACUCUUAUGCCUAGAGAGAUAACAGGGGAUCCAGUAGGUGAAGUGAGAGCAGUUUCAAGUAUGCAUCAAAGGAAGGCAGAGAUGGCUAGACAAGCUGAUGCAUUUAUAGCCUUGCCAGGUGGGUAUGGCACAUUGGAAGAAUUGUUGGAAGUCAUAACUUGGGCUCAACUUGGAAUUCAUGACAAACCGGUUGGUUUGCUCAAUGUAGAUGGGUAUUACAACUCACUACUGUCGUUCAUAGACAAAGCAGUGGAUGAGGGUUUCAUUGCACCAUCUGCCCGUCACAUCAUUUUAUCUGCCCAAACUGCCCAUGAACUAAUGUCAAAGCUUGAGGAUUAUGUUCCAAAACAUAAUGGGGUUGCCCCAAAGCUUAGUUGGGAGAUGGAGCAACAAUUGGGCUAUACCACAAGAUCAGAUAUUGCUCGUUGACUUCCAAUAUUAUUUAGGCAAAGUAUAUAUUUUUAAUUUUGACACAAGAAACGUGACAUGAACAGCAAAAGGUCUAGCUAGGCCCUAGGGAUCACACAUUUGAUUAUUGAUUCUAUAUUUAUGUGCCUAGUGUUAUUGGCUUGGUUU